UCUCCCUGAUUUUCAUUUUCUCUCUCUAAAUUUGCCAGUACAGGCAGAUACAUCAUAUUCAGUUGGGUUUUAAUAAAGGCCACCAGUACCCAUUAAUAAGAUCCCCCCUUACCAUAUUUCUCUAUACAAUUCAUUUAGCACUAUGUCUCUCUCUCUCUCUCUAGAAUUGCUUCACUGAUAAACUUUCAGUGAUAUACCCCAAUAACAAAGCUUAAAAGGUCUUUUUUUUUCUUUUUCUUUAAUACCAAAAAAGACAGUGAAAACAAGUUGGGAUUACCUUACCUUACCGGUUAGGGAAAGCUGCCUGAAAAGAAAGUUCAUCGGUGAUGAGUGGAAACAUCGAUGCCACCACCGUCAGCCACCUGCCGGAGGAGAUCCUCUGCAAGGUGUUCGCUGCCGUCUCCGACACCCGGACACGGAAUUCACUCUCCCUUGUCUGCGGGAGCUUCCUCCGCCUUGAGCGCAGGACGCGCACCUCUCUCACGCUCCGGGGGAACGCGCGAGACCUCCACCGCAUCCCAACAUCCUUCCUCCAUGUCACACAUCUCGACCUCUCCUUCAUCUCGCCGUGGGGACACGCGCUCUUCUGCUCCUCAUCCGCCACCGCCGAUCCCCGCCUCCUUGCUCUCCGUCUCCGAGAUGCCUUCCCGCGCGUGACCUCACUUUCCGUGUACGCGCGUGACCCUACCACGCUCCAGCUCCUCCUACUCUCCCCCUGGCCGGAGCUCCGUCACGUCCGGCUCGUCCGGUGGCACCAGCGCCCGCCGACGUUGCAGCCGGGAUCCGAUUUUGCGGCUCUUUUCUCUCACUGCCGGAAUCUAUCCUCGCUGGACCUCUCCGCCUUCUACCACUGGCCAGAGGACCUCCCGCCGGUUCUGUCUGCGAACCCCGCCGCCGCCGCCUCCCUCCGCCGCCUCAACCUGCUAACGAGGUCGUUCACGGAGGGUUUCAAGUCAAACGAAAUCGAAUCCAUCACUUCAUCGUGCCCUAACCUGGAGCACCUGCUCGUUGCUUGCAUCUUCGAUCCGAGAUACUUAGGGUUCGUCGGUGAUGAUACGCUGUUGGCUAUCGCUUCCAAUUGCCCCAAGCUCACGCUCCUUCACCUGGCCGAUACGUCGUCGUUUGCGAACCGGAGAGACAACGAUGGGUUCGCUGGAGAAGACGCUAGGGUUAGCCGUGCAACUCUGGUGGCGUUGUUCUCUGGACUCCCACUUUUGGAAGAGCUGGUGCUAGAUGUUUGUAAAAAUGUCAGAGAGAGUAGUUUUGCUUUGGAGGUGUUGAGUUCUAAGUGCCCCAAAUUGAGGGUUCUCAAGUUGGGUCAGUUUCAUGGGAUUUGCUUGGCCCUUGGGUCAAGGCUUGAUGGAAUUGCCCUUUGCCAAGGGCUACGUUCCUUGUCCGUUAACAACUGUGAGGACCUUGAUGACAUGGGGUUGAUUGAGAUUGGUAGAGGGUGUUCUAGGUUGGUUAGGUUCGAGCUUAAGGGUUGCAAGCAUGUCACGGAGAAAGGGUUGAGGACCAUGGUUUGUUUGCUUCGUAGGACUCUGAUUGAUGUCAAGGUUUCUUGCUGCGUCAACCUCGACACCGUGGCUUCUCUUAGAGCUUUGGAGCCUAUUCGGGACCGGAUUGAGCGGCUUCAUGUGGAUUGUGUGUGGAAUGGUUUGAGGGAAAGUGACAGCCUUGGACAUGGUUUUCUCAAUUUUGACCUGAAUGGUUUGGAUGAACCGUGUUCUUCUGACCUGAAUGGUGCUGAUUCUGCUGAAUUCAUGGAUUACUUGGGGGUUGCGGAAUGUGAAAACCCAAGCAAAAGGAAGAGGCAGAGAUGCAAGUAUGAUUUGGAGGUUGAUGAAAGCAAUGGCAGUGGUUACUAUGGCAAGAGCUGGGACAGGCUGCAGUAUCUCUCUCUUUGGAUAGGAGUUGGUGAUCUUCUAACUCCGUUGCCAGUGGCAGGGUUGGAGGAUUGCCCCAAUUUGGAAGAGAUGCGUAUAAAAGUGGAAGGAGAUUGCAGAGGGCAGCCAAAACCAGUCGAGAGCGAAUUUGGUCUGAGCAUUCUGGCUUGUUAUCCUCAGCUAUCGAAGAUGCAGCUAGAUUGUGGUGAUACAAGAGGUUAUGUACUCACUGCUCCUUCAGGGCAGAUGGAUUUGAGCCUGUGGGAAAGGUUCUUUCUGAAUGGGAUUGGCACUUUGAGUCUAAAUGAACUUCAUUAUUGGCCACCACAAGAUGAGGAUGUGAACCAGAGGAGUUUGUCACUUCCAGCUGCUGGAUUGCUACAAGAAUGUGAUACUCUGAGGAAGCUUUUCAUUCAUGGGACGACUCAUGAACAUUUCAUGAAUUUUUUCCUUAAGAUACCAAACCUAAGGGAUGUGCAGCUGAGGGAGGACUAUUAUCCAGCACCAGGGAAUGACAUGAGCACAGAGAUGAGGGUGGGUUCAUGCAGCCGCUUUGAAGAUGCAUUGAAUAGACGUCAAAUAUGUGAUUGACCUGUGAUGUUGCUCUAGCCCUGAUCAUUGAAUUGCUUGUAUGAAGGGAAAUAUGAAGAAGGAUAAAAAGAGAUCGCUUUUAACGUUAUACUGGUUGUUACUGCUAAUUGUUAACAUCGUUGAUGUCUUAUUUCUGUCUCCUUCCCUCUUUUUUGUAUACUGUAUCUGUAACAAUGCAAGACUUGUGUCCAAAUUUAAAGUCAGGAAUAAAUCAUUCUAUUU